AUGGCCGCCGUCGCCAUCCUCGCUCUCACGGCCGCGUCGUUCGCCGGCACGCUGUACGCCGUCUUCUCCGACGACGAAGGCCAGGGGACUGUGAUGGCCGAGCACAAGGCGGCUGUGAGCGGCGAUAGCAGCGUUGCCCACCACCACGACGACGCCUCCGAGAAGACCGACCUUGCCCACCCACCAGCCGGCCGCAUCAACUCGCGCCAUCAUCGCCACCACCGCGCGCGAGUGCAUCCACCAGCUGCGCUAUAG